AUGCCGCGUGCGAGUCCCAAGGGUGGUAGCAGCAUUUUUGAAAUCCUCAAGCUCAUCCUAAAUGCCAUUGGAGUGGGUGCGAUCCUUUGGUGGUGUGUGGCUUCCUGGCGGCUUCAUAGCAUCAACCCUGCGGCUUCCUCGGGUGAAGUCCAUGUGCCUCGCGUGGGGAAGGGCCGCAAAAAGACGGCUCCAACGACUGUGGUGCCUGUGAGUGCGGAAGAGGAGCUUGGCCAGAGCAACCCGGACGCCCAAAGUGGCCAAAGCAGUCCUAAGGUGCCCCUUGGUGAUCCUUUUUGGGUCUUUUGUGCAAGUCAAUGGUCCCACUGUUGGUGUCAUGGCGACAUUCGCUGGGGCAACGAAGAGACUUGGCACAUGAUUCCUGCCAAGCCGGGUGAAGCGCAGAAGAUCGAAUGCAGCAUUGAUCACUUGCCAGAUGUAGUGCCAGGCGACGAUUUGAAGCAUUGUGAAUGCUUGAUCACCCCAGGCACAGAAGUCUACAGGAGAACCAAUCCCAUGAUCAUUCACCAAGACGAAGCUGAACGUUUAGGUGCAACGCUGGUGUCUUCUUGUGAGCUCUUCUUUGAAGCACGAAAGGCGCAGGCCGUCGAUAUGGCCCAGUGGCUAGCAAUGGAGGGCCUUUGCUCAGAGGCUUGGGAAGAGCAGGUGCGCUUCAAUCGAUCCUUGCGCGCGGGGCCUCGGCAGCUGAGCGUGGAGACACGACAACACCUAUUCCGCGCUCGAGUGGAUGUUCGCUUCAAGAAGAUCAUGGCACGCUUCAGUGAAAAGGGAUGGUUUAAGCGUGGAUGGGUGACCUAUGUCGCUGGAGAUCCCUCAAGCCCGUUCGUCAAGAUGGCUGAGGAGCUCAUCAAAUCCGUUCACUACUUCUCGUCUUGGCCGAUCAUUGUCUUCAACUUUGGCCUCGUGAUGCCCGAAAGCUGGACCCCCGAACGCUUCCCACGCUUGGUGAUUCUGCACUCCACACCCCUGCCCACGGAGGCACAUUUGAAGAGGAGCUUCAACUUCAACAAGCUGAGGUCCAUUUUGAUGUCCAAAGUGCACACUGGCAUUCAAGUGGAUGUAGACCAAUUUAUUGCACCAGGGGCUGAUAUCCUUUUUCAGCUCACCGAGAAGUGGAUCCACAAGGAGUAUCCCUUUCCAUUGAUGCCUGCGCACUUUGCAGAUUGGAGCAUCAAGGACCAGCCCAAUGCUCCUUGGUGGCCCAGGUAUUGCCCUGAUCCAGAGAAGCCAUGCCCUAUGCAGACCAUGCGAUGGGCCCAUGCCCAUCCAACAUGGACCUAUUGGGCCUUGCCGUUUUUUGGUCGCUGGGUCCGUCGACACUUCCGGGAUGAGCGCCUCCCCAACGUCACCCUGCGGGGCUUUCAAGCGCCCGGCUUGCGCGUGGGGGAGAUUCCAGAGGACGAGGACAUGCUCAACGUGGCCUUGUGGGAGGAACGUGCUACCCAACAGUGGUGCAAGUUCGACGUGCCGGCGACCGUGGAAUUUGAAUCCCUUCUCAACUGGAAGCCAAGUGAUGGAGACCGAUGUCUUCAUGGCAUAGGCUGCACCAAUAUUGGUGGAGAUCAGCGCUGGUAUGUUGAAGGGGUGCCCAAGGUCUAUUGGACUGCUCACCACGCGGUGGAUCCGGUGCAGACCUCAAAGAUUCUAGAGCUCAUCCGUGUAAAAGAAAGGGCCGGCAAGUGGCCACCUGCCAUUGUCUACGACCAGAACUUCUGGAAGUCAGGGGAGGAGCUGCAUGCAAAGCAUCCUGAAUUGAAGUGCUUGACAUAA